AUGGCUACUAUCUCCACAAAGACCGCUUCCCAAGCACCAAACUCAGAUGAUGAAACCUUUUCUUCGUCUGCGUCGGCGUCAACAAUACGCCCCGGCGUGGGGCUUACGGUUUUAGACAAUGACGCGCCCGCGCCUGAGAAGCUCCUGACCUCCGGUGACAUGCACAGCGCGCUCACGCCCGACAGAGAACACCGAGGAGGGAAGAGUCAAAAAGCAGACUCUCUGCUCGAUGCAACGACGACCCGCUACAGAGAAAAAAGCAAAUCCCCUGCCGCAUGUGCAGUACGACGCCUGAGGAAGGCCUCAGGCGCAACUGGAGGGGAGGAACCAAUCGAGAACUUCCCUGCUGACUGGGAGGAAGAAAGAGCACCUCAAGCUAGCAGACUCGCGGAGCGCGAACUGGGGAACCGCGAGGCAGAAGUAGGGGUCGAGUCUUACGCAGACGUCGUGAAACAGGACUCCUCGAGUGGCAAGGACGGGAAAAAUAAAUCAACUUCAUAUUAUCGCGAAGAGUCGUGGAUGUGUUCGCGGAUACCAAACGAGUUGAUACCUCACUUGACGGCGAACGACGAGAAGGCAGAAAAGAGAACAGGGACGCUAAACGAACAGCUGGGCUCAGUCUCACUGUCCGAAAACGCCCGGAGAAGAAAGCAAGGUAGACAUUCCCAGUUACGAGAUACUCAGUAUGCAGCGAGCAUUGCCGAAGAUUCACAUGACCAAAAUGACGUUGGUAGACUACGAUCGUGUUACAUAAAAGUGCUCCGAAGGGAAGGGACGUCAUCUCGAGGGUGUCUCGGUACGCGGGGUCGACAAAAGAGGACAGUCCCCAUCACCGCUGACCGGCCGCCGGAAUCCGAAGGGCAACGCGGAAAUCGGGAGGAAAAAGAAGAAACGGUGGAGAGCCGCCUGCAGGUAGCAGUCGAUUGGCGAGGUGACCAAUCACGCUCCCUGGUGCAGGGUCCCUACUUCCCCCCAGGCGAUCGCGAGACGACGUCUCCCGAGAAGAAAAGUGAGACAGAUACAAGAGACGGGGCAUGCUUACGGGAGCCAGAGGCAGGGCAGUCUCCUAUCGCCGUCGCGCCGCCUGCGGGCUCUCCUGCUGCAUGGGCUAGUGCGCCUGCCUCGGUGUCGACGCAGAAGACCGGGGAUUCUGCCAGCAACCAUAAAUCCAUUUGUCCUACAGGAGCGAACAAUGGAGGUGGGGCGCCGGAAGGCGCGUUUCCAACGUCGAGGACGCAUGAAACGACGCAAGCUACUGGAAUGAGGUGGCAAGGAUCGGCCUGUGAUCUUACAUUGGAUGGGAAGACAACUCUUCCGCCAGCGGUGAACAACCGUGCAGAGCUGUGCUCGGAAGGUAAGAACGCACCACCAGGCGUCACGCAUAAAGUGGAGCGCAGUGCUGAGAAUGUGAUCAAGAGCAGUGCGUGCGACGAAGAGAGCGCCAGUCCCACUAACUGGAGCCCAAUGGCGAGGACGGAGAAACUCAAGAUUGGCGUCAUCGAAGGAUACGGAGAUCUGAUGGAAAUACCCGUUAUCCAUGAAAACAGAAACGAAGGUGGCAACUUGGUUGGCGCUGCGGAAUCAUUAGAAGAUAAGGCAUUAACAGGCGCGCCGCCAGGUGAACCCGCACACUCGCCGUAUGUAUUGCGCACAGAAUACCGCACAAGUACAGCGGAUGUAUCUGGCGCGGCAGGCGAGGACACCAAACAACGAACGAUGCAACGCAGCAGUGGAACACCUAUAAAGACAGGAGGCGAACCAGAGAAGGUGGAAUCGGCUGCGUCAGCUGCCAUGGCGAUCCUGUCAGUCGUCACCAAUAGCCCAUUGAGACACUGCGACGCUGACCAUGACCAUGUCCAUUCAAAGGACAUUAAAGGCGCACCGGCUGCCAAGCUGCCACGGAAGAGGCACUCGCCUCCCCCUGCCGCAACCCAGGUACCUCCCACACCAACUCUGAGUGCCACUCCCUUUCAACACAAACGAGAGGACGCGAUGGCGCACCAGAUAUGCCUGAUGAAGAAUGACGUAACCUGCGCUGCCGUCAAAGAAAGGCCGUACUCCAGAACGUGCCGACAGAGGGUAGGUACCAUUGAGUGCUCCACUAUGAAGCUGUUUCAAUCCUUCGAAGUUCCUGCGUCUCCGCCAUACGAGAAUUAUUUACACUCCAUUUCAGUCAGUCCAGACAGCCGUUCGUUCGCAUGCGUCGGGCCUGAGGCCGACGCCCUCACGCUCGGAAACGCAUCGCCCCCCCUGCCGCUUGAACCCAGUACAUCUUUUUUCUCAACAGCCACCGCUGAAGCGACGACCGCAAAAGGCAGUAACCAUAACGAAUACGCUGGAUUUUUUGAGCCAGAAGAUUGUUCCAGUUCCACAAGUCCAGCGUUAGGGGCCGGAACGGCACCACCACAAAACGCAGAUGAGGGACAGCUGACAGCGGCGUCUUCUGGUAAGCUUGAACCGCCCACUUCGUGCUCUGCUACAACGCCAUCGCGUCCUGCUUCGCUAGGUGUGGAGUCUAUCGCGCUUGGCCUGACCGAAGGAGCCCUGGCUUCGACGCAAACACUGGCAGCGCAAGAGCCUAGAGAGGGAUGCUCCUCCGCGGCGCAGAGCGGGCAAGACGCAAGCACGACACCGUGGGUCUCUAUAAAUUCCGCCGAGCGCAAGAGAAAUCGAAAGCGAUGCUCCUGGGCCGCAGGCGUAAGUGCGGAGACGGAAGCUCUCGUGGCCGCGCCUUCCAGCGAGCCAGGCUGCGGUUCGCCUGUGAACAAGAGGCAUGUGGAACAAGCUGUGGUCGAGGAUCCGCUGUCAACUCCAAGUGGCUCCCGCGAAAGGCAAGGAAGAUGCAGACAAGGGAGUCGGGCACAGCGGUCAAAACCUCUUAAUAACGACGAGGCGCAUGUGGACUUGACGCUGACAAGUUUGCUCUCAGAAUGCGCUGAGCAAGAUGCCGGAAAACGCCCGCUGCCGCCGCUGGCUUGUUCCAGUGUCGGAGGCCGGCCCCGAGGGAGAGUGGCUCUGAAUGCCAAGUCAACAAGUUCACUAUCUUCUGAUCCCCCGGCAAACGGACAACAAGAAAGCAGGAAAAAACAGCGCCUUUUAGUCAGCAGGAAGGGGAAGACAGCAGAUGUCGCCGCCUAUGAAGAAACUCCGCAAAGCCCCCGGCUUCAUGCUGAACGCGGUGGGGAAGCAGAGCAAGGCACGCGAGGCCGCGGAGACACAGUAGGUGAAGUGAGAUCCGAUACCGGAGACAGGGACGAGAGGGCUACACUGGAAGAGUAUGGACAAGAUGGGCAUGGAAGGGAAGAGCAAAAACCGGCUCGAAAGAGAUCUAGAGCUGCCAUGUCGUGGGGAAGCAAACUGAGACUUCUCGAGCGCUGA